UGCUAAUUGUUUACUUUAUGUCAGAAAUAAGCCCUGGGGUGCAACAAUGACGUUCAUUCAUGAGAGAGACUCCAGUGUGGCGUGACCCAGGAGACUGAAGCUUCUCUUAUAAAUACACAUCCUGAAUUGACCAGAUAUCCUGACCAGAGAGACAGAGGUGACGGCUGCCCCUGUGACCAUGACGCCAUUGUUUGCCCUCCUCUUGCCUCUCCUCCUCCUGCCCCUCGUCAGUGCCCAGGUUCCCCACUGGGGGCCUUGUCCGGAACCAGCCGUCCAGCCCGCCUUCAGCAUGAAAAAGUUCAUGGGUAGAUGGUUUGAAAUCGCCAAACUGCCAGCCCAGUUUGAGAAAGGGAAGUGCAUUGAGACCAACUUCUCCAUGAAGGCUGAUCAGACCAUUAGAGUGGUCAGCUCUGAAAUAUUAAAGGGAGAACUAAGGACUAUCGAGGGGACCGGAGUCACAGAGGACUUGAAGAACCCAGCCAAGUUAGGCAUCAGCUACUCUUACGUCCUGCCCUACUCUCCUUACUGGAUCCUCUCCACUGACUAUGAGAACUCAGCGCUGAUCUAUUCCUGCACCGAUGUCCUGCGUCUGUUCCACAUGGACUUUGCCUGGAUCCUGGGGCGCACACGCACCCUCCCUGCCGCCACCGUCAACAAAGCCAGGGAGAUCUUCACGAGCAGCAACAUUGAUGUUAGUCGGAUGGUUGCCAGCAGGCAGCAGGGCUGUGAUUAGACCCUCUGAGAGAUUCAAUACAAUCAAUUCAAUAGGAUAGAGUAGAGUAAUGUAGAGUAGAACAUAAUAGAAUUUUCCCACAGGGACAUUUGGUUUGCAACAACAUAGUAUAAUGUUGAUGGAAACAAGUUAUAUAUUUUCCCUCAUCUGUGUAAUAAUAUGUUCGCUCUAGCAAACUUCAGUGACAUUUCAUUAAUUAUUCAGAGGAAUCGUUAGAGGAAAACAAUGUACAGUAAUAGUUUGUCUGGGUUUUAUGCUUUUCUGUCAAAAAAAAAGUUAUAUAUAUAUAUUCCAGUUACAAUUACGUUAUUUUAAAUCCUAUGACUGGAAAUUAAUUGUUGUGACCUAAUUUAAAAUGUUUUUUCGCAAACUGAAAACAUGAGUAUUCUCAUUAGAGGCAAUAAAGUACAAGGAAAUCAA